UCAUUAUUCCUAAUGUGGAUCAUUAACAUCCUCCUGUUAUUUGCUUCACAUAGUUUUGCAACUACGAAUACUAGUGAUCAGAAUGUAGAGCCUGACCUAUAUUAUUAUGGUAUAGAGGAGAGUGAGCGCAGCCUGCCGGCGUGCGGCGCGCGGCAGGCGUGCGCGGCGCUGGUGGCGCGGGCGUGGCGCGCGGCGGCGCUGCUGCGCCUGUGCCGCUGCCCGCGCCGCCGCCGCUGCGACACGCCCGCGCCGCUCGACGCGCGCAUACCCAUCAAUAACCGCGACUACUUCCAGUUCUGCCAGUCUGUCAGCAGCUGGUCGACGUGCAACGUCGGAGACGCGCCGCUCACGGUGGACACAGCGUACGACCGCAUCGAUCCCGACCAACUGGACGAGCUCCAUCACAAAAAUAUACAACUGGUGCCCCCGAAAAUCACAUUCAAGUGCCGAUGCCCAGAACCCAACUAUUGGAAACAAAAUACCACUGUAGAAUCUGACAAUAUUCAAGUAUACAAGUGUGCCUCCAUGCCACCCUGUAAGUCGGAAGACUUUUGCGGCAAUUUCAACUACGAUUUGAACACACUGUACCAAUCGUGUUUAUGUCCGAAACAUCACAUCUGCGUACACAACGGCGGCAUUACACAUCUUUAUAUAUCAGAACUGCUGUAUCGAGGGAAAGGAUGGAGAGCUUAUUGUCAACGAGUCGGAGAAGACAGCUACGAGGAUUAUUACUAGCUUUCGUAACUGCUGUUUAAUAAAUAUAUUUGAACAUAGUUAUGUAUAA